CCAUUUCCUCAAGCCUGAUUAGCUAAGCAAUCAACUCAACAUGACGCUCUUCUUGUUGAUUUUGUCCAUUGUAUCCCUGUGCAGUGCAGUGCCACAGCAGGUGGUGGACCUGACUGGAAGCUCAUGGACUGUUGCUGAUACUGGAGGGAGGGCCAAGGUGUCUGCAACUGUUCCCGGCCAAGUGCACCUAGAUUUAUUGAAGGCUAAAGUUAUUGAAGAUCCCUAUGACGGCUGGAAUGACUGGUCGUAUCAAUGGAUUGCCUACUCUGACUGGACGUACAGCCGAGAGUUCCAGCUGCCUAAGAUCACUGAUCAGACCGUCCUACUGAAGGUGGAGGGCUUGGAUACCGUAGCAACUAUAAGCAUUGAUGGUAGCGAGGCUGGAAGAGCUGUGAAUAUGCACAGAACUCACUACUUUGACAUCACUAGAGCACUGGUGGAGUCUUCCCGAGAUCACACAAUUGAAGUAACCUUCAAUUCUUCAGCAAAUUAUUCCCUCGGCAUGGCAGGCAUGUAUCCGUACAAGCUGAAUGGAGGAGGACAAUACUUCAACUAUUCCAGCCGAAACUUUGUUCGUAAGACGCAGUCAGACUUUGGUUGGGACUGGGGUCCAGCUUUUGUACCAUCAGGAAUCACUGGAAACAUCUCGGUCAUUGUGACGAGUGGUGUGUAUGUGACCCGCAUUACGCCCAAAACGUUCUUCAGUGACGGCUUGUACGGUGUGAAUGUUACCAUAUGUACAAUGGUGGGGGCGAAAUUGGGGAGUGCCAUACUAUCCAUUAACUACACACUCGAGACUCCAAAAAUUGGACUCUAUGAAGAUCGGUACACACUGUACUCGUCCUCUCGAGAGGUGUGCAUCUCCACUCACACUCAAGUGAGCAUUGACAAGAUAGAGCCGACGUACUUGUGGUGGCCCAAUGGUGUGAGUAACCACGCCCCCUCCGUCAGUCAGGCCAUCGUCUCAGUCAACAUCACUUCAUCAACAGACUCGGCAGACGUGUUGUGGAAGUCUGAAGUGACAAAGAACAUUGGAUUCAGAAGGAUAGAUCUGAUACAGGAUGCAGUGAAAAGUGGAGAAACGUUCUAUUUUCAAUUAACGACCGAGGAUGCUAAAUAUCCGAUAUUUGCCAAGGGCUCCAACUUUAUACCAAUGGAUGCUUUCGUGAAUAGAGCCAAUCAGGAAACAACUCGAAGAUUGCUGACCUCGGCAGUUCAGGGGAACCAGAACAUGAUUAGAAUAUGGGGUGGUGGUCUAUACCAGCCGGACUGGUUUUACGAUUUGUGCGAUGAGUUGGGGAUCAUGGUGUGGCAAGAGUUCAUGUUUGCAGACGCUCUCUACCCAAGGGACAAGGAUUUCUUGAUGGAGGUGGAGCUAGAAGUUCAAGAUGUUGUUCGUCGUCUUGGAAACCACCCCAGUAUUGUCCUAUGGAGUGGCAACAAUGAGAAUCAGGAUGCGGGGGAGAAGGACUCGAUUAGUCUGGUGGACUAUACUGUACUAUACGACUCGGUUGUCAGGGCAACACUCUGGCUAGAGGAUACGACAAGGAUUUACUGGCCAAGUAGUCCAUCCAAUGGAGUGCUGGUGGACGACAGUGCCAGAGGGCUCUUCAUUCAACGCUGGGGGGAUGGGGGCAGCUCCGAUUAUGGUGAUACUCACAGAUAUAACUAUGAUGACUUUUGCACUGAUGAUACCAAGUUUCCAACGCCACGAUUUGCCAGUGAAUUUGGUUUCCAGAGCUAUCCUUCAUUUGCCUCUCUUGCAAAGAUCUCCACCAAAGUGGACUGGAGCAAUGAUUCUCCACUCAUGAAUCAUCGUCAACACCACCCAAACGGUAACCAAGAAAUGGACGCACAAAUGAAGAUGUUCUUUAGAUCUCCCAACAAUUCGGACACAGCUGUUCAGUUCCAGGAUUUUGUGUACUUGAGUCAGGUGGUUCAGGCGGUGUGUAUAAAGGCAGAGGCGGAGCAUUAUCGUCGCUACAUCAGUGUGGACGAUGUGUUCACUCGAGGGACUCUGUACUGGCAGCUGAAUGACAUAUGGCAGGCUCAGAGUUGGGCUUCUCUCGAGUGGAGUGGCCAGUGGAAGCUCUUGCACUACUACAUGUCUGACGUCUACCGACAGCUGUCUGCCUCCUCCCUCGCCGAGGACAAUGAAAUAGGGAUUUACAUCGUCAACGAUGCAGCAAUUCAAAACAUCGAGUAUAACCUCGUCAUUAAUGUACUUACGUGGAAGGGAGAGAAUGUGAGGGCAUAUGACAUUAUCGGAGCAACUGCUAAAGCAUUCACUGGAAAGAAGGUGUGGUCUUCGAGCAUAGCUGAAAUCUUUGCCGGCACCUCUACCGAGGAAGCCUUCCUUCACUACACCGUCAUGAUACCAAAGAGUGGAGUGAGUAAUUACACUGGUAACCAUUUCCCUGCCAACUUCAGCAAAGUUGCUCUGGAGCCAGCGACCAUCACUCCCUCACACUUCACCUCAGCCUCCGCUACCAAAGUGAUGUUUAACCUGAGUUCAAAUGCUGUGGCUCCGUUUGUGUACCUUGAGAGCAGGAAUGUGCCCGGAAGGUUCAGUGAUAAUGGGUUCACCAUCUUAAAGGGAGGGCAGAUAUUUAUGAGCUUUGAGAGUUGGGAGAAAUUUGAUGUGAAGCACUUUUCCAGUGGGCUCUCUAUCAGGUCCCUUCAAGAUACUUACAGUGACAAGCUGUAUGAAGCUAAGAACAGGUUUCUCAAACGUAACUAAAGUGGAAAGCCAUCCAGACUGGGUGUGUAUGAUCAUAAUACUUUGAAUUUUGUUUUAUAAUUGUAUUAAAAUUGUAAUUUAGCUUUUUUACGUAUAACUAUGAUUGAUUCACAAUUUUUUUCCAUUUCCAUUGUCAGUAUAAACUAUAUAUGAGAUCAUCGAUCAGAU